AUGGAAGCCCCUGAUCCCUCCGACACAGUCGUGCCCGUUGCAGAAAUCCACCUUCGUCGUCGUCCCGGUCCUGUGUUCGGUAGUGGAGAUGGGGUCUUCCAGCCUGUACUCUCAGGCAAGUAUAAUUGUGCACCAGAGCGAUCGGUACCUGAUGAUUCCUUGCAUUCCAGCAUAUCGAAUCGUGGGUCAGCUUCUCUAUCACAUGGACUGCGGAUCUAUUAUCACAACGUGCGCGGGCUGCGUACUAAAAUCGACUCCUUCUUUUUGGCGGUAUCUGAAGGAGACUACGAUGUGAUAGUACUUACUGAAACGUGGCUUGACGACCGUAUUUAUUCUACGCAACUAUUUGGCAAUCAUUACACUGUGUUUCGAAACGACCGAUCACGUUUGAAUAGUCGAAAAACGCGUGGUGGAGGUGUACUAAUUGCUGUUUCCAUCAAAUUAAAUUGUCGCAUCGAUUCUGCUCCCAUCUAUGACACUCUCGAACAGCUAUGGGUGAUCAUUGAAGCAUCCGGUUCGGUUGUCAGUGUAGGUGUUAUCUAUCUGCCCCCCGACCGCAAAUCCGACCUUCAGCUCAUUCAGCAGCAUGUCGAUUCAAUAGGAUCUGUAUUGUCGCAUGUGGAUCUUCGUACAUUAGUGCUACUGUUCGGUGACUACAACCAAUCUGGUUUGAACUGGUGUAUUUCAGGCAGUGGUAUGCCCUUUGUGAACACGCCAUCUUCACAAAUGCCUGUCUACUGUUGUGCGUUGUUAGAUGGAUUCAGCCUACAUGGUCUGUCUCAAAUCAACACGGUUCUGAAUCGGGAUGGUCGUUUGUUGGAUUUCGUACUUGCAAAUGAAUUGGCAGUACCAAAUUGUAAUAUAUCUAUUGCGCAUGAGCCGUUAGUCGAGUUAGAGGCUGUGCAUCCUGCUAUAACCGUGUCACUUGAUCUACCAUUACCAGUGAUGUAUGACCAGUUGUCACAAAAUACAAUUUUAAACUUUCGUCGGGCGGACUAUAGAGAACUUAGCGCAGCAUUUGCCGAGGUUAAUUGGAAUACUAUUUUGGAAGCCUGCUCCAACGUCGACGAUGCGGUGUGCUGUUUCAGUAGUGCUAUUGAAAACAUCACCAGUCGGAUAGUCCCAGUAUGCACACCACUGCGGAAGCCCGCAUGGUCUAAUGCACGUCUACGUAAGCUUAAGCGUAUGCGAGCGGCCGCGCUGCGAAAAUAUUGUUGUUAUCGCUCACCGUACUAUAAAAAUCAAUUCAAUAUUGAAAGCAAUCGGUAUCACAGCUAUAAUCGUUACUUGUAUAAUAGAUAUGUGAAUCGUAUUCAAAGCAGUCUUCGCAUGCAACCUAAACAAUUCUGGUCGUUUGUGAAUACUAAACGAAAGGAAAUCGGCUUACCCUCAUCCAUGUUUUUGGGUAAUUGUGUUGCCAACAGCGAACGUGAAAAAUGUGAUCUUUUUGCUGUGCAGUUCAAACAAGCAUUCAGUAAUUGCAUCGCAUCUCCCGCACAAAUUGAAGAAGCCAGAAACGUUGUACCACGUGAUGUGUUUUCGUUUGAUUUGCCACAUAUUGAUAUUGAACUCGUAAAAACCGCUUUAUGCAAACUUAAAACUUCUUAUGCACUUGGUCCGGAUGGUAUCCCUUCUGUUGUUCUGAAACAAUGCAGUGACGUGCUUAGUUCUCCAAUCGCGAAGCUGUUUAACAUGUCGUUACAGCAACGCAAAUUUCCUGAUCGCUGGAAAUUUUCCUAUCUGUUUCCAGUACACAAAAAAGGCGACAAACGCGACAUAACUAAAUAUCGAGGGAUCACGUCCAUGUGCGCAUGCUCAAAAUUGUUUGAAAUCAUCGUAAAUGAUGCUUUGUUCGCUUGUUGCAAAAUCUAUAUUGACGCUGACCAGCACGGUUUUUACCCGAAAAGAUCGGUGACCACAAAUCUGAUGCAGUUUGUUUCCCGCUGUCUGCAAAAUCUGGAUUCUAGUUUUCAAACCGAUGCUAUUUAUUUGGAUCUGAAAGCCGCUUUCGAUCGAGUGGACCACGAAAUACUACUCAGAAAAAUGGAGCGACUGGGUAUUUUUCGGAUGCCGUAUGCUGGUUCAAAUCUUACCUGA